CAUCCAACCGUAAAUUCUCAUCUUGAGUUUCGAAACUUAAAUCCUUAGUAAUUAUAGAAACAAAACCACAACUACAAAGCUACGCCAAGAUAAAAUGGAGAUGAAUCAGAACCAAAAUGGAGCCGAAGAUCCGACCAAAGUGUCAACCCUCUAUUGUAUCGAUCUCUCUAAUCCUGAUAUUCACCAAUCCGUCUCUUUACUCAAGCAGGCUUGUUUGGAUUGUGGGUUUUUCUAUGUGGUAAACCAUGGGGUAAGUCAGGAAUUCAUGGAUGAAGUAUUUGCUCAAAGCAAGAACUUUUUUCAUUUGCCAUUAAAUGAGAAAAUGAAAGUUUUGAGGAAUGAAAAACAUAGAGGCUACACUCCCGUGCUUGAUGAGCUUCUUGACCCUGAUAAUCAAUUGCAUGGAGACUACAAAGAGGGGUAUUACAUAGGUGUGGAAGUGCCUGAAGAUGAUCCUGAAGCUGAAAAGCCUUUUUAUGGUCCAAAUGUUUGGCCCGCUGAUGGUGUUUUGCCUGGAUGGAGGCAGACUAUGGAGAAAUUCCAUCACGAGGCAUUGGAGGUGGCAAAAGCAGUUGCAAGGGUCAUAGCACUUGCACUUGACCUAGAGGUUGAUUUCUUUGAUAAGCCUGAGAUGCUUGGAAAGCCUAUUGCCACCCUGCGCUUACUACACUAUGAAGGUCAAAUUUCUGAUCCCUCAAAAGGAAUAUUUGGAGCUGGAGCACAUUCUGACUAUGGAUUGAUUACACUCUUGGUAACAGAUGAUGUUAUGGGUCUGCAAAUAUGCAAGGAUAAAGAUGCAAAACCUCAGGUAUGGGAGUAUGUGGCACCAAUAAAAGGAGCUUUUAUAGUCAAUCUUGGGGAUAUGUUGGAGCGUUGGAGCAACUGCCUAUUCAAGUCCACUUUACACAGAGUUUUAGGGAAUGGUCAAGAGAGAUAUUCUAUUGCAUACUUUGUGGAACCUAGUCAUGAAUGUCUUGUUGAAUGUUUGCCAACUUGCAAAUCAGAAAAAAAUCCUCCCCAGUUUCCCCCAAUUAGAUGCGACACAUACCUAAGCCAACGUUACAAGGACACUCAUGCUGAUUUAAGUGUAUACAACAAACAUCAAACUUGAAGUCCUUACUGAAUUUGUAAUUUUCAUAAUACAAGGAGCAUAUCGAUUUGCAUUUGCUUUAUAUCAAACAUUAGAAAGUCUGUUUUACUCUCAUGUAGAUGUAUUACAGUAAUAGGGUUAUGAUUCCUAAUAAAGUUAUUAUGUUGCAAGAUUCAGAAAGGAACCUAUUUUAUCUA